AAAAGGGGGUGCCCGGCUGCAUUAAUGCUGCUGCAACCCAGCUGCUGUCUGCACCGGCAUAUGGGUGGCACAGGGUGUUGCGUCCUGCUGUAUCAGUGGGAGGCCAGUUUUGCUCAGGGCUCAUGGCUUACGGGAGAGCACGGGAGGCAGCAGCAGCUCCGCUCUGAGGCUUGUCAAGGCUCAGUGCCUGCACAUACACACACACGCAACCCAGGGAGAAAACAUUUGCUCUCACCUGUCUCCAAACCCAAAGCAAACCUCACGUCCAAGCGAACGGCCAACACUUUGAACGAGAAGGCAUCCAAGCCAGUAUUUUAAUGUAAGGAGAAGAAAUUCAAUGUAUGCCAGCAACUUCUCACUAAAAAGCAAGUGUGCGCGAGGAAGAAAAGGAGCAUUUUAAGAGAAGGACACCUUAAGGAAGAUUUAAUUUUUUUUGGAUUUCGCACUAAACUUUGGAAAGUUUUUUUUCUUUUUCUUAAAUUAGUAUUUUGUGUAUUUUUUCUCUAAGAACAUUGAGCCAUUGUUGCCUGCAUGUAAAAUCUUUUACAUACAUACAUACAUUUUAAAAAGCAAGACAACCAAGAGGAAAACCAGCAUGUGGACCACCUAGCAGAAGGCAAUACUGAAGCAUCCCUCGCGGCAAGGGGGACGCGGACUCUGGAUGCGGAUCAUUUGGAGGGACUGCAUUUCUCUUCCACCGGGCUUAUGAGAUAGCACCGAGGCAGGCGAGUCACCGAGAAUCACUUCUGCCUCCCCCCUCCAGCACCACCACCUCCUCUUCCAAGGGCGCCCGCAACUCUCCCACCAGCAGCAGCCCGGCUCGGAGGGGAGAUGGGAACGCGCGGCGCCCUCGAUGCCUGAGGCCGGGCGGCUCUGCGGGAAGCGCUUCCCUCCCGGGGCUCCCCGUCCAUGUGCCCGCAGCCGGCGGGGCCUGAAGUCGGCAUGCAUCUCGGCGUGGUCUUCGCGUUCAUCCUCUCCCUGCCCCUGGCCCGCCUGGAGGGGGACCCCAUACCUGAAGACAUUUAUGAGAUUUUGGGUGACAGCUCAUUGCGCUCCAUCAGCGACCUCCAGCGCGCCCUGCAGAUAGACUCCGUAGAGCAAGAUAGCUCGAGCCUGAACCUGAGUACAACUCGGCCUGGUCAAAAUCCAAUGGUCCUGUCUCGAGAGCGACGAAGCCUAGAUGCUCUGGCAGCAGCAGAGCCGGCUGUCCUUGCGGAGUGCAAGACACGGACCGUGGUCUUCGAGAUCUCCCGCAACAUGGUGGACAGCACCAACGCCAACUUCGUGGUGUGGCCACCCUGCGUGGAGGUGCAGCGCUGCUCCGGGUGUUGCAACAACCGCAAUGUGCAGUGUCGCCCCAUGCAGAUUCGUGUGCGGCAUGUCCAGGUGAACAAGAUCGAAUUUGUCCAGAGGAAGCCAAAUUUCAGGAAAGUCGUUGUGCCUUUGGAGGACCAUGUGCAGUGUCGGUGUGAAGCUGUGUCCCGUCCACCCCCCAGGAACAGCCGGCCAGUGCCACGUGAACAGAGACGCUUGUCACCGUCGUUCACCACAGCCGCUGUCUCACAGAGGCAGCGAGUACGCCGGCCGCCAGCACAGAAGAGGAAACAUAAGAAGUACAAGCAUGUCAACGCUAAGAAAGUGCUGAAAGAAAUCCUCAUAGCAUAGAAGUGCUGGCAGGGGAGAGAAAGCACAAGGCAGGUUUAUUUAAUAUAUUUGCUGUAUUGCCCCCAUGGGGUCCUUGGAGUGAUCACUUUUCCUCUUUGUCCGUCUGCCUCGACGUCUGAUUCAGACGGCAAUUGGUGCUUCCCGUUCCAGCAGUGGACCUUCUCCCACCAAAGCCUCUCCCUUCUUUCAUUUAUUAGCAUAAUUUUAAAGUUUUACACACACAAACAAGGACAAACAAGAUCUAUCUAUCUAUAUAUAUAUAUAUAUGAGAAAAGAACAAAGUACAGAUAAACCCAUGAACCCCGACAGCCACAACAUGCGAUGAGGACAGGACAAUGCCUUCCCCGCUCCAGAGGACAGGAUAGAAAAUGCGAAAAGGAAAGUGGGUCCAAUUUCUUCCAAGGGAAGGAGAAAAACACAUGGACAGAGGGCAGAAGGGGAAUGUUCUCCUUUUCCCUCGUGUUUCUGGUAAGGCUGGGGGGCCUGGCUGAGAUCAGCGCUUGCACUGGACCUUCAUUUUGCAAACAGGCAUAUCUCAGAUUGCGAUGGUGGAAAAUGCACUAAGGACUUUAUCACCCUACCUGGACAGAUCUAUAUAUUUUUAAUGUGCGUGUGUAUAUUUUAUUUUAAGAAAAGGAAAACCAAAACCACUAAGAUAUACAACAUCUCGGGGAACAGAACACAAAAAGAACCACAAAGCAAAACAAAAGAAGCCAAAAGCAUUCCCCCCUUCCCUUUCCCCUCCGGCUCCUGGUGCUGACUGGAAGGUGUUUGGAUCAUGGGGAAGGAGUGGACAGCAGCAGGCCCCUGACAAAAGGGGACCCAUCUUUGCACAUGCUGUUUGAGAAUUCAACUUUCCAGGCUCGGACUUUAAAAGUAUUUUUUCAAUUCACUCUGUAUGUGUGCGUGUGUACAUGUGUGUGUGUGUGUGUAUAUAUAUAUAUACGUGUGCGUGCGUGUGUAUGUGUGUAUGUGUAUUUAUACAUCCAUAUAUAAAUAUAUAUAUAUGUUCUUCAGCGGAUUUUAUUCCCCAGCGGCAGGAAGCUCAGAGGCACGCGCAGCGGCUUGGCUGGGCUGGCAGGAAAGCGUGCUGUUACUGCAACGUGCCUGCGAGGGCUGGGACGGGACAGGCAGAGGCAUCAUCUGAUCUCUCAUUGCCCUUUUCUCUCCCUCUGCACCAACCCCCCCUUCUCCUCAACACAAGUUCCUUGCAGGAGGCGAAGUGGCAUCACAACGAGACCAACAACAGCCAAACUUAGAAGCAUGACUUAAUCUCAGUGAGCUGUCCUUGCCUGUUCUGUGGUCCUGAGAGCAGCAUCAUGUCAUUCCCCCGAGGUUUUUAACCCCUUCAUGGGUGUCCUGCACACCGUGCCUCCCCUGCUCUCUCCCUGCCAGUGUCCCUGUAUCUCCCAUCUUC